CGGUGCUGUCGACCUGUUCCCUUCCGGUGCCGCAGUGCAGGUGCAGCAAGGCGUCGCCGUUGCUAGGCAACAGUAGCUCCAAUGUGUUCGGUCGUUAACGUGAUGAAAGCGAUUGUUUUGUUUGAAUAUAUCCGGUAGCUAGCCAGUAAGCUACAAUGUCGUAGUUUUAUUAUGUCGCAUGCUAGCGGUUUCUGGUUUUCAUUCAGAUAAAUAGCUAAUGUAAUCGAUUUGGAGUUCACACCAAAAUAAGUUGCUGGAAGUUGCCUUAGAUGUAGUUACUAGUUUGACCCAGGAUACUAGCUAGCUAGCUAAUAAAGAACUGAUAGCUAACUAGCUACUUUCUAGCUAACGUAUAUAUUUUGCCUAAGUAAGGGUCAAGGCCACCAGUAUGCUCUGUCAGCGGUAGAGGCUGUAUCAUUUGAAACAUUAUUUUACAUGAAAUCUUGCUGGCAAAUGUUAAACUAGCUAUAGUCUGAGUUUUAAGGUUGAUACAGAAGGUUUAAUGAGUCAGGCAGAUGAGUGUAUUUUCGAGUAACAAGCAGAAGCUUUCUAGGUAGUUUGCAAACCUGAAAUCAUGAUGAAAUAUUAGCUAAUAAUUAGCUUCAGAGUAUCUGCUGUUUAAGUUAAAUGUCAUGACCUGCUACAGUUAACGCAAAUGGGCUUAUUAGCAAGUAAUUUUAUUUUUCUAUUGAAAAUAGGCAAAAUUGGUAUUUAAGAUAGAAAGCUAAUUGCAAGCAGACUAACACGAAGGAUAGUGAAAACGCGCUUUAUUUUUCCUGGAAACAUUAACACUUCUGAGGGGCAAGAUUAGUAGAUAUGCUGUCUGAUAGAUAUAACAAUAAGAAUUAUAACGUUACGUGGGAUGGGUCCAUCGGAUUAUUGGACCACGGUGAUUUAACAGUGGUGGGAAAAGCUGGACAGUGUAAAAUGACUAGUACAGGAGUCCCAAGGCACCAGGCUAGGCAUGCUGUGUGUGACCGGAAGGUGGAGUCCAGGCCUAGCUUGGCCACUAAAGUACCUAAGAGCAAGAAAUACGUCUAUGAUAAAUCCAACCAGGUGCAGAAUGCAGAGUAUUGGAGAGAAAUGGAAAUUCAGAGGAAAGUUCACAGUCAGCCUAAAGCCGUACAGGAGGACACAGAGAUGCCAGCCCUGCAAAUGCACUAUGGGUUGUGUGCCAAUUAUGAAUGCACAAUCAGAGAGCUGAAACUGCAGCACAACCAGACCCUCGCUAACUUGAAGACAGAGAUGGAGUCGGAGAGGAUACUCCUUGAGGAAAAAAUUGGCAAGCUGAAGCAAAAUAUGGCUGAUGGCAUUCAGGAGAAAUCUAGGAACCGUCAGAAGCAACUUCAAGAGGUACAGAAGGAGAAUGCCACACUGAGAGGAGAAAUCGCUGCUCUAGAGAGUCAGCUUAAGAGACAAAAAGCUCCAGAAGUGUGUACCAACUGUCAGUCCCUGGAGAUGGCGGUGGAGGAGAAGGCCUUGCAGCUCAUAGAGAGAGAGAAAACCGUGGAGGAGCUCCAGCGCUUCUGCAGGAAGUUUUGCAAACAGCUGACACAGCAGGACCGGCUGUUGGCACUGAUGAGCGAGCUGCACAUUCCGAAAUGAGGAAAAACCCGGCGGAUGUGGGAUUGGGAACGCUAUGAAGACGGUGCCUUUCGGAA